UCUAAUGUUGUGAUGGAAAUUAUAGAAUAAUUGUAUGUUCUAUGAGUGUUUGUAGUGAAACAAACAGCACAUGUAUACGCAACAUAUUUUUCUGUGAAGCUGACCUUGAACUCCUCGUUAUGGAUGAUCACCCGCAAAGAGCAAAUGAGGACAACUGAAGCCACCAUAAUUGCUGUGUACGCAGGAUUUAUAAACUGGAUGAUCUCAUUUGACACAGUAAAAUAAAAUCGGGGAAACAGGCCUGUUAGUACAUGAUGUGUUAAAUGGGAAAGAAAUUAUCUUUACAGUAUAAAAUCACAAGAAAUACAUGUUUUUAUGAUCAUAAGAGUAAAAAACUGACUCCACAAAUCAAAAUGUUAAUGACAAACAAACUCCCACACCCAGUGGAAGGUAGAAAACCCCACCUGGUUCUUUAUUCAUGAAUAAUUAUAAACAAUUGUUCAACUAAGUCAAACAUGUUACAGACUUUCGUAUGAUCACUUUAACUUUGAGACGUUUUUACCAUCAGGUCAAAUCUGUAUUUAUCUACUGUAUUUUUUUACUAAUUACUUCAAAACUGAUCACAUUCCCACCAGCCUCAGCUGUCACAUUACUUUGCUUUUAUUGCUAGACGGCAUAAACAUAGUUAAUGUAGAUCAGAUUGUGAAUAUUGUCCAUUUUGGAGGCGUUAGCAUUUAGCUAGCUCAAACCACUGCUCCAACUUGAAUGUAAAUUAGUGUAAACUAUUGCGUUAGUGUAAGAUGUUUGUAUUUGGUGUUCACAUUUCACUUCCAAAGAACAUGGCCCGGCCUUCAAUGGCCUAUUUGUGGCAUUAUUGGAUACGCACAGAGUAAGCAAGCGCUAGCUAAACACACUAUCUCUUUAUCAACUGGCAGUAAACCCAACUACGGGUUGGGCCAGUUGAAAUUCCAGGGGUCAUUCGGGUCGAUUGGCUGAUUAUCUGACAAAUGGCAUGUUUUCAGGCAGAUAACGAUAGUUUCUGUCAGUCACAUUUACUGCUUGUUGAAUUUUCAAAAGCUACGUUACAUGUUGACUGACCAUUUGGCUGUUGACUGUGGUUUUUAAUAUUAUGUUAACCUUUCGACAACCUUCAACUGGCAAUGAUGUGUUUGUGUUAGAGUCAUACAAUACGGUUCAAACAACCUGUUAGGAUUGGUUGCAGCGCGGGUUUGUUGUUGUUUAUUCUGCUGCACGUCUCCGCUGGUUUGACUCAGCUGGCUUCCCUUCUCGGAGGAGGAGGAGUGGGGGUGGGUCGUCCGGGGUGAGGAUCCGACCCCGGAUGAACCGAGGAGCUGGGAAAGAAACGACAGAAAGCUGCGGAGGAGCAGCAACAUUCAGGCGACUUGUGACAUUCAUGUCUCCUCCUCUCUGACUGGGGAGAUCUCCACCAAAGGUUUCAGCAGCUGUGUGAUUUGAGUGGUGCUGUUACAGAACACUCAACUACCAACCUUCAGCAAGUUCUUCACACACUCAGAGCUCCCCCAAGUGUCAAAUCAGUGUUUGAACAUGACGGGUCAGACUGUGGGAGGCAUCGUCCAGGACCUGUCAGUGCCCUCACUGCUGGCUGUGGAGGGACCAGAGUCCAGGCCUCUGGGAAAGGCUUUGUCCUUCACCGAUGAGGCUGUUUCCAUCCUGACUUCCACAAGCCAGUUGGCCCAAACCCUCCUGAGUCACACCUUUGCCCUCAAACAACAAGAGAGCCUGGCCAACGCUGAAGUGAAGGCUGGCAGCAGCUGCGAUGAGGACAACGGCAACAAUGCACGCCGGAAACGAGAGUUCAUCCCUACCAAUAAGAAAGAUGAUGGCUAUUGGGACAAGAGGAAAAAAAACAACGAGGCAGCCAAGCGGUCCAGAGAGAAGAGGCGAGCCAAGGACAUGGUCUUAGAAAGGCGAGUCAUGGGCCUGCUGGAGGAGAACGGCCGCCUGAAAGCCGAGCUGUUGGCACUGAAGUUUCGCGUCGGCCUGGUUAAAGACUCAUCUGAUGUUUCCAUUCUGCCACUGUCUGCACCCCUCUGUGCUCUCCCAACAACAAGACCAACACACUUCUACCAACCUCACACUGAUGGAUCCCCAUACCCCAAUACACCGCCCAGCCCCCACCACAUCCACCCUCACCCUCCACAGCAAGGUGCCAAGCCUCUUUCAAGUCACAGUGUAUCCGAGGAGUCCGGUGUGUCCACAUCAUGCGGCUCAAAUGUGGGCAGCCCUGUGUUUUUUGAUGACACACUAAGUGAGCAUUGUGGGCCUUCUCCGAGGGAGCAGGGCUACGACUCCCACAUCUGUCCCAUGGAGGCCAACGGGAGUCAGUAUGUAAGCAGACAAGACUCUCCUGAGGGUUUGAGGAGCCUGCCACAUAAGCUCCGCUUCAAAGGGCCUGCUGGUUUCAGCGAUGCAGUGGAGUUGUCUCCAUCCUCUGACACCAGACCCAGUGGACCACCUGUAGCCACAGUGUGGCCAAACAUCCAGAUGAGGAGCCACCAGCAGGCGGGAUGGGACAAUCCGACAGUGAGUCAGGCUCCUUGGUCCAUGGAGGAGGCCUGUGGUGGACCAGGGCAGCAGUAUCAGGGUCCGUCAUCUGGACAGUAUAACUCCUCCUCUCUACAGAACUCCAGGGACCCCAAGUAUUCAACAGAGGACGUCAGUCUCAGGUCUCAGAUCAGCUGUUUGUCUCAGGAAGUGACCCAGCUCAAGAGGCUCUUCUCUCAACAGCUGCUCUCAAAAUCGCUUAAAGCCUGAGCGCAAGGACAAGUCAAUAGACAGAUUUCUCACGACAUCUUUACAAGCCAUCGAUCUUACAGACGUCUGGCUUCCACAGGACAGCGAGGCCUCUGUGUUAACAGCUACCUCUGACCUGACAAACUUUAUUUGCGACACCUGUUUCACUGCGAAAGCCUUUUAAUAAUAAUAAUAAUAAUAAUAAUGAAUUAAUGCAAAAGUAUAAGUGAUUUUCUUUUGGUGUUAAAUCAUCACAUGAUCAUGUUGAUUUCCUGGGAUUUGAAGGAGGCUGUACAUUCUGAAUACUUGGCUGAAUACUUAGAAACACUGAACAUCAACAACAAUCUCACCAUAUUCACUUGACUGUGAUGUGGCAAAGUCAUCUUUUUUUUCUUUGGAAAAACAGACCGUUUGUAGGCUUUUCAACACAAACGAAGUGUAUCAAUAUUAUAUGCUGACCUGAAGAAGAAGACUCUUUUUGUGAAUUGUUUUUGUGAUUUUUUAAUUGUUUACUGUAUGUGUAUCUGACUUAUGACAGCAAGGAGUCAUAACUGUAUAUUUCUUUGUUCAGAAUUGAAGUGAACUGUACUUAGAAAAAACAUUUUAUUUUAUAUAAACAACUGGUGAAUCUACUUCCAGAUUAUAUGGCUGUAAAAUCUCUGAUCUCAGAUGAAAUGAGUGUGAACAAUACAGCAAUAAAAUCCUUGUUCAUAACAAAUUUUAUUUUAUUU